AUGCCAGCCGGCCGUAUCGAGAAUGUCACCGAUACAUUCGAUACUUUAUUCGAGUGAGCUCGAGAACGCCCGCCGCGACACGGAAGAGUGUCAAAUAAAUACAGGUUGAAAUAUAUCUCCUGUCGCGCUCUGUGAUCCUGGUACAUACGUGCCAUUUAAACGAUGAAUUUUUGUUUGGUUUUCGUGUUGUUCGGCUAUUUUUUUACGUGGAGUGCCGGUAUGCUGUACCGACGGGACUCUGACAAUGUUUUGAAACCCGAUCUGUUGCCAGUAUCGUCAACCGUGAUGCCGCUGCCCUACUACUCCGUGUACGGAUAUGAAAAGAAAUUACUCCGCAACAAAGACAAGAAACGACCCUCUGGAAAAAUAUCCUUAGUUACAAAACAGCCUAAAUAAAUACAUAACAACUGACUGUUA